GUUUAUCUUGCGAUUAUCUAGCAUAAUGGUAAGAAUAUUGAAUGUCGUACCUAGACGAUAGGCCUGUUACUUCAUUUUUACAGCCUUAGCACCCUAUAACUUCUCUAACCAUGGAGGGUCUUAGGCUACUCAACCCCCUAUCGAAGGCCGAUGACAUCAAGCACCUUUCGGGGUUUCCUAGGUUGAAACCUGCUUACAUCCUGAAGAUCAAUCUUGGCAAUAUUCUGACGGUCGGAAAUAUCGCCUCAGGCACGAAACUGCUCCACGUUGAUACGAGCACGGGUACCCUCACGACGGCCGAGGGUUAUGAGCACCAGGUCACGGGCGAAGUCAUCUACGGCGCCGACUGGAUGUUCAACGAUCCCGAUGAGCUACACGCCCGCCCGAAUAUAAAGAUUCUAAUCAAGACGGAGGAUGGUUUGAUUCUAAGUUCAGAAUACACCGGCGUCGCCGUAUUCAGCGAACCCAUCACGAAGAUGUGGGCGGGCGACCCGAGCAUUAAGACAUUCCCAUUUGGCAUCUCCACGACGACGCACACUUUUUCAGCCGGUCACUCUAAGUACAAGUUCUUAGAGACGAAGACUUUCGUGGGGAAUGGACGCUUCGUCAUCAACGAGAACCCACGCUCGAUCACGGUCGAGUCUCGUAUUUCGGAGGUGAUAGCGAGUAACGACUUAGAAUAAGAUCGUGGCAACUUUUGGAGAUGCGUUGUCUAGGUCGCACAAUCUUAGUACCUAACGCAGCCACUGUAUAUAUUCUCACUCUCCAGAGGCUAUCUUCUGUGUUUCCCCUGGUCCUUCUCUAGUCUAGGUACCAAAUUGGCCCUAACUGUUGUCAUUCAACCCCGAAGGUUGUCCGUUACAGGUAUAGAAGUAUUUCCGUUGGGCAUCGCUAGAUAUUAUAACUUCAAUUACGAAUUUCAUCGUAGUUACUUUCGAUACUAACAUACCAAUACACUAUUUACCGACGAUAA